AUGCACUGGAAUAUAAUUGAACCAGCGUUCUUUGUGACACCGCCUUAUAAGAGCAGUCAUGUCCCACCGCUUCAGACCGCCCCCUGUGGACACAGACCGGCGCCCGUUUGCCCGCGGCAUGGCCCCGGGCGCAGAGCGAGGAGGCAGGAUGUUCAGAGGGCCCCCUCCUGGAUCCCACCCGCCUGGAGCCGACUCGCCCUGGGGAGUAAGAUCUGCCCCGCACAGGCCUCCCCCCCAAAGACCUCCUCCCCCCCCCACAGACCUCCUCCCCCCCAAAGACCUCCCCUCCACAGACCUCCCCUCCACAGACCUCCCCCUGAACACGACUGGUCGCCUCAUCCUCCCCCUCCUGAAUCUGAUUGGCCGCCACAUCCCCACGAGCCCUCUGAUUGGUCCGUGGGCCCCCCACCUGCUCCUCAGUUGUCCGCAGCAGCAGAGGGCGCUCUGGGGGUGCUGAGCAGCUGUGGUCUGGACGCUGAGGACCUGUCUGCUUUGGCGGAGCUUCCAGAGGAUUUACUCACACUCAAGUCUCUGCCCCUCCUCCUCAAACAGAUCAAAGGCCUAAAGAAGGACCCAGCUCCGCCCGGAUACCUGCCCCCAGGCCGUACCCCCAUGCCACACUACGAUCAGUCAAAGACUCUGUAUGCAGGACCCGCCCCUAGACAAGAUAUGGACCAAUCACUGAGCUUGUAUCAUGACCCUGGCCCGUCAAAGGCAGAUUUUCCCCCUGCUGCCCCCGGUGGAUCCUCCUUUGUGGUGGAGUACGGACACUGCGCGGCGGCUCAGGACACGCGCUCGUCUCCGGAGCGACCGCGGCGUUCCUCUCCGGGCUUUACGCCGCGUGGAUCAAAGGAGUUCGGACGAUCUGUGGAGCGCACGCCCAUACUGGGAGCUGUUAAACUCGCCUCUAUGCCAUCGGAAACUGAGGCCAGGGACUUCCAUGGGAUGAGCCCUAAAUCCUUCCCGUACUCCUGCUCUAUCUGCGAUAUCACCGUACUGUCUGACUUUGUCUGGACUCAACACGUCACUUCCACCCUACAUGCAGACAGCCAGCUCACUUUAAUGCAGAGAUUCCCAAGUUGGGACUGUCGUUUGUCUUCUGCUUGCAAGAGUGAUUCAAAGCAGCCAAAGGAAACGGAAAAGAAACCAGUAAAAAAGACCAAGAAAGAAACAACCACAACUUCAAAAAAGUCGGCCAAAGUGGUUUGUGUGAAGUUCCCUCCGCAGUCGGUGGACGAGACCUACCUCCGGGAACUCAUCGGAGAAUUUGGGGAAAUCGUGCACGUGGCCAUGUUCCCUUCACUGGGUUUUGUUGAGCUGCAAACACCAGAACAGGCCCAUUGUAUCAUCGACCACUUCGCCAAGAAUCCACGCAAAAUGAAAGAUCAAGAGAUGGAGUUUACAAUCUCCACCACCUUCAACUUCCUACAGAGUUCUUUCGUGCUGAACUUUCAACCUGUCCCCUUCGGUAGAGACGGUCAAUCUGACCUCCUGACGGUCAUCAAACGCUUUGGAACGCCUCGCUACACCAUGUUCCUCCCGAAGACAAUGCAGGCCUAUGUGGAGAUGCAGAACGCAGCGGACGCUCACAAAAUGGUGGAGUAUUAUGCGGACAGUUCUCUGAAAAUGAACGGAGUGGACAUCAAAGUGUCCUUCUCCCAGGAGUUCAGGACUCUGGCGCGCUGCGUUACGGCAAAACCUUACGAAGAUGACGACGUGAAAAAAUCUGAAGAAGAGCCAAAACCGAGCAAGAGCAAAGAGGAGAAGCGGCGAGCGAGUAGAAGUCCCGCCAGAGAACGCCGCCGCAGCCGAGGGAAGAGCCACGGCAAAUCUCCAGCGAGAAGCGUCCGGUCCGUGUCCUCUGAGAGACACAGGAGAGAGAGGAGCAGUGCGUCCAGUGACCGGCACAAAGACGAGUCCAAACCUGUGUCCAAAACCGAGUCCGAGUCCAAACCGGAGUCCAAGCUCGAGUCCAAGCAGGAGUCCAAACUGGAGUCCAAACCCGAGUCCAAGCCGGAAUCCAAACCCGAGUCCAAGCGGAAUCCAAACCCGAGUCCAAGCCGGAAUCAAAGCCCUAAGUCCAAGCUGGAGUCCAAACCAGAGUCCAAGCUCGAAUCCAAACCUGAGUCCAAGCCAGAGUCCAAGCCCGAGUCCGAACACAGCCCAGAGGCAGAAGCUAAGCAGACACAAGAUGCACCCAACCAAUCAGGAGAGGACAGUGACAUCGAGGGCAUGCAGGUGGUUGGAGAGCACAUAGACGAUGAGAACACGGACUGCCCUCCUGAUCUGAGAUACUGCAUCACUCUGGAUGAAGUCAGUGAUUCUGAAGAAGCCGAGGCUGAGGCUGAGGCUGAGGCUGAGGCUGAGGCUGAGGCUGAUGCCGAUGCAGAUGCAGAAGACGAGGAUGAAGAUUCUCCUCGAGUGGUCUACAUCGGGAACCUUCCUCUGUGCCAGUACUCGGACAUUCAGUUCAUAAAGAUGGUGAAGCUGGUCUAUAAACCCGUGCGUUACUUCAUCAACAGAAAGCACAGAAUGGGCCUGGUGGAGUUCAAGAAUCGACGUCAAGCUUGGGACUUUGUGGCCAAAAUGCAAAAUUACGUUUUCGGGGGAUCUUCUAUCGAUGUGUUUAUAUCCAACAAAUACAACAAACUUCCAUGGGGGAGGGGAGUGGAGUACGACGAGUUCGGUCAAGUCAUGAGACAUUUCAGAGUCGGAAGUUCUCCCCUACGUGAACGUGGCAAUCAUCUCCUCGCCCAACUGGUCGCGAGCCGGGCCGCUCACAUGUACCCGAAGGUCGAAAUCAGCCGGUCUCCACGUCGGAACAGAGACACGUCCAGAGAUCGAUCCAGGGACAGGUCCAGAGGGAUUUCCAGGAAUAGGUCCAGAGACAAAUCCAGGGACAAGUCCAGGGACAGACUCAGAGGCAAGUCCAGGGACAAGUCCAGAGACAGGUCCAGGAAUAAGUCCAGGGACAGGUCCAGAGACACGUCCAGGAAUAAGUCCAGGGACAGGUCCAGGAAUAAGUCCAGGGACAGGUCCAGAGACACGUCCAGGAAUAAGUCCAGGGACAGGUCCAGAGACACGUCCAGGAAUAAGUCCAGGGAUAAGUCCAGGGACAGGUCUAGAGACAGGUCCAGAGGCAAGUCCAGGGACAGGUCUAGAGACAGGUCCAGGGGUAGGUCUAGGUCCAAAUCUGCGGACAAAUCCAGAGAAAAUAACAAAAUGGACAACGGGGAGAAACCGAAGAGUCCUCCACCUCCAGAAAAAAACGAAGCAAACGAGGAGGGGAAGGAGGAGCCCGUCCCCGCCGCCGCCACCGAGGACGAAGACGAAGACGGCUGGGUGGUUCAUAAAGACUUGGUCAACCAAGAGGAAGAGGAGUGUUCAAUGGUCAAAAUCGAGAACGUAGUUUCGCUAAAAGAUCUAGGAGAGCAAAAACCGGAAUCGGAAGAUGUGGCUGAGUCAAAGGACGAGACGAAAAAAGUGCAGGAAGAGGAGACUGGAAGUGAAAGAGGGAGGGCAGCCAAGAGGAAGGGAGAUGAAGAGGAAGAGCCCGGACGGGAGAAGAAACUCAAACAGGACUCCACGUCAACAGAAGGUGGCGAUGCAGAGACGAAAGGACCCAGGAAGCCCGUAGGGACCGAGUUUCUCCUGUUUUACUGCGACCUGUGUCAUGUGAAGAUUUCUGAUGAACACGAGGCCAGAGUCUCCCACUGCAGCAGCCAAGAGCACUACCUCAAAUACAAGGAGUUCACAGGAAAGGAUCCAUGGAGCUGCUGAGAUGAGACUACAUUACCCAUAAUCCCACUAGAGCCUUCACACUUACACAUCACGCCUUUUAUUUUUAGCUUUUUAUUUUGUUGUACAUAAGUUGAGUUUGGUAGUGAAUUGUCCAUUUGCCUGGUGACUUUUUAUUGUACUGAGUAGGUGAAAUGUUUUGUGUCUUGUGCUCAAACAUGAAUAAAAACAUUAAGAUGUA